AUGGUCGUGCUAGUUAACGCGUUGGUCGGUGAUAACAAAAAAAUUCGCCAGAUCGUGAAAAAGCGGAUCACUCGGAAUUGCAGAGUCUCGGUCAGAAAAAUAGUCCGUAAAAUCGGAGUGAAUCGAGAAAGUAUUCGGUUGAUUGCAAAAAAUGAACUUAAUCUCAAGCCCUACAAGCUCCAAAAAGUGCACCUUCUUACGGAUGACAAUAAGCGCGUGAGACUCCAAAGAUGCCGUCAGCUAAAGCGUCGGGCCGCAGGUCAAAAAUGGGAGCGUAUUCCCUUCACGGACGAGAAGAUAUUCACCAUCGAACAGGCGCACAAUCACCAAAAUGACGGAAGCUGGCCGGCUGAAGCUCCAGGUACCUCUGCAAUAAUCGAGCGCCGUCAUUGUGAGCAGUCUUUAAUGGUUUGGGGAGGAAUAUGCGCCAACGGCAAAACACCCCUUAUUUUCAUCGAUCAAGCGGUCAAAAGCAAUCAGGAAGUGUACCGCAGGGACAUUUUGGAAACUGUUGUGCUUCCUUGGGCCCAGCAGCACUUCGGUGAUACGGAGUGGACGUUUCAACAGGAUUCAGCGCCAGCCCAUAGAGCCAAAUUGACUCAGGUCUGGUGUAAAGCCAAUUUUCCGGACUUUAUCAUAUCCAGUGAAUGGCCAGGGUUAUUUAUUGUCACCCUGUAA